AUGCCUCGAAACGCCUGUACAUCGUGCCGCUUGAGCAAAGUGAGAUGCCUCUCUCAGCGCCCCGGCGACAAGUGUAAGAGAUGCACGUCUCGCAACACGACGUGCUCGUACGUCCACGCACCGCAGCACUAUCCCUCGCCCUCGUCGGCAUCGCCUCAGUCGUGCUACGCCCUUCAGCACGAGACGGUCGGGCUGGACAUUGGCGGCGGCAGACCAGAGGAGAUACUGCGCGAAGCUCAAUUCGCACAGUCCCUCCUGCUUCUCUACUUUAGCAACUUUGGAGAUGUUCACUUUCUCUUCGACGAAGAGGUGUUCCUACGCCGCUAUGCCCUGAGCGAGGUGUCGGAAAUGGUGCUGUUUGCCAUGAUGGCGCUGAGCAUUCGAUUCUCUGUGGCGCCAUUCCGCGAGGCACUGUCGCCGGCCCACCGGGGCGAGAUCUUGUUCGAACACGCGAGGAGCCUUGUCAAGGAGGAGUGGGACCGGCCCUCUAUCGCCGCGGCGCAGGCAUACGUGCUGCUUGCAACAUAUAAGCUGUUGUACGGCGGGGCAAGACAGGCGUUCCUCUAUCUUGGCUUCGCUGCGAACAUGGUCAAAGUCCUUCGCUUGCUGGACACGAGUGCAGAAAUUGACCCUGUCCGUCUCGAGUGCAGCCGCCGACUGGCAUCGACCGUUGCCCUCAUGGAUCGGUUUGUGUCGCUCAUAUUACGCUUCACGCCGCACCUGACAGAGAGAAUACCCACAAUGAUGGCGGACGACGACUUUUGGGCGCUCAAGAGAAGGGAGCCGAUCGUGCUUUGUCGCAAGACUUCAGUCAGCCAGGAGAUUGUCAAUCUGUCUGAGCUGCUUGUCGCGGUGUCGAGACAGAACAACAACUCGGCGGAGCUCAGGUCCAGCUUUAGAAAUCGAUGGGCCGAUGAGCCACUUCAACAGUACACUACGACGAAUCUCGAAUAUCAUCGACAAAAGGAUAGCCUCCGCAGUUUCCUGCACAUGCACAUGUUAUACCAUCAUAUCGGCCAAUUGCUCUACUUUUCCAAUCUCGGGCACGAAUGUCACGCCCACGCUCGGGCGACUGCGGAUAUUGUGGAUUAUGCCUGGAGGGAAGGGGAUUUCGACAUACAUAACUACAUGGCCGGGCAGAUUUUGACCCUCGCUUCCGUCGUUCUUAGCCACGCGCUCCUCAUGAAGCCUUCCGUUGAAGACGAACGACGGAAACAUCAAUGUCUGGACGAAUGGGAAGCAAAGACGACUACCUCACAAGUCUUCGAGAAAGAGAGUCUGCUGGACGAGAUCACAUUUCUUGGCAGCCAAUUCGAGAAGCUCGAUUAUCUUAGUGCUGGUAUCGUCAUGGGGCCCCGGACAAUCAUGUGA